AUGUCCGCUAAUGUCCGACCUGAAAUCAUUUCCUUGACGGAAGUUUUAUUUCUACUUCGACCUCUAAUUUUCUCUCUCGCUCUAUUUUACUCUCUCAUAUCUAUCUAUCUAUCUAUCUAUCUAUCUAUCUAUCUAUCUAUCCCAUUCUUAUCCUAUCUAUCUGCUUCUGAUCCUAUCUAUCUAUACCACUCUGAUGCUAUCUAUCUAUCUAUCUAUCUAUCUAUCUAUCUAUCUAUCUAUCUAUCUAUCUAUCUAUCGCAGUCCGUUCAUAUCAUAACAUAUAGUUUGGUGAAAUGCUUAAAAAAUCUAUCUAUCUAUCUAUCUAUCUAUCUAUCUAUCUAUCUAUCUAUCUAUCUAAUUCUGUUCAUAUCUGUCUAUAUAUCUAUCUAUUUAAAUAUGUUUCUAUCUAUCUAUCUAUCUAUCUAUCUAUCUAUCUAUCUAUAUAUAUAUAUAUAUAUAUAUAUAUGUCAGCCUGUAAAUAUCUAUUUAAAUAUUUAUCUAAGUGUUCAUAUCUAUCUAUCUAUCUAUCUAUAUAUCUAUGUAUUUAAAUCUAUCUAUCUAGAUAUCUAUGUAUUUAAAUCUAUCUAUCUAUCUAUCUAUCUAUCUAUCUAUCUAUCUAUCUAUCUAUCUAUCUAUCUAUCUAAGUCUGUUCAUUAUCUAUCUAUCUAUCUAUCUAUCUAUCUAUCUAUCUAUCUCACUUUUUUCGUAUCUAUCUUUCUCUCAGUCACUCAUAAACUCCAAUCAUCCAUCUAUCUAUCUAUCUAUCUAUCUAUCUAUCUGGCAUAA